AUGAUGUCCGGUUUAAAGGGUUCAUCCAGGUUCAAACACUUGCCUCGAGCAGCGUCGGGUCCUUUGAAAUGUCCACUCGAAGGUCCAUCCCUUCUCACAUCGUCCCAGUAUAACAAAGGAUCCGCCUUCCCAGAAGAUGAGCGAACAGCUUUCAAAUUGAAUGGAUUGCUGCCACCAAACAUUCAGACGCUAGACGAACAGGUUCAGCGGGCCUAUCAGCAGUAUUGCAGUCGCGAAGAUGAUCUGGCCAAGAACACAUUUAUGGCCAGUAUGAAGGCACAGAAUGAAGUCUUGUACUACAAGCUCUUGCAAACGCACCUCAAGGAGAUGUUUAGCGUAAUUUAUACACCAACUGAGGGAGAUGCAAUCCAGAACUACUCUCGGCUAUUCCGAAAGCCCGAGGGGUGCUUUUUGAACAUUCGUAAUCAAGACUCGAUCGAAGAAUGCUUGUCUGCCUUUGGCAAUUGGGAGGAUGUUGACUACAUCGUCGUUAGUGACGGUGAAGAGAUUCUAGGUAUCGGAGAUCAAGGCGUAGGCGCCGUUCUCAUUUCUGUCGCCAAACUCGUCAUUACCACUCUGUGCGCUGGAAUUCACCCUUCACGCCAGCUCCCGGUCGUUUUAGACUGUGGAACAAACAACGAGGAUUUGCUCAACGAUGACCUUUACCUGGGUCUACGCGAGCAUCGUGUGCGUGGCAAAGAAUACGAUGAGUUCGUGGACAAAUUUGUUCAGAUUGCCCGCAAGCGCUUUCCCAAUGCCUACAUUCAUUUUGAGGACUUUGGCCUUCAAAAUGCCCGACGGAUUCUCGACAAGUAUCAGUCUCAGAUCCCUUGCUUCAAUGACGAUAUCCAAGGAACUGGGUGUGUCACUCUAGCAGCAAUGCUGGCGGGCCUAGACGUCAGCGAUGUGAAAAUCGACGACGUCCGUGUGGUUGUCUUUGGUUCAGGGACAGCUGGUACUGGCAUCGCAGAUCAGAUCGCGGACACUAUUGUUACUCAGACACAAAAAUCUAAGGAAGAAGCAUCUAGGCAGAUAUGGUGCAUCGACAAGCCAGGUCUCCUGCUCAAGUCCCACGGCGACAAACUAACUCCCGCCCAAAUUCCCUUCGCAAGAGACGACAACGAGUGGCCGUCAGACAAAGAGCACGACUUACUUGCCGUCGUCCAACAAGUCAAGCCUCACGUUUUGAUCGGAACAUCGACUAAGCCCAAGGCAUUUACUGAGGAGGCCAUUCGAGAAAUGGCGAAACAUGUCGAGCGUCCCAUCGUAUUCCCUUUGAGUAACCCGACCCGUCUCCACGAAGCCCAACCAAACGAUCUCUACGAAUGGACCGAUGGCAAAGCUCUCGUUGCUACUGGGAGCCCAUUCCCUCCUGUGGAAUACGGGGGUAAGAAGUAUGAUAUUGCUGAAUGCAAUAACUCAACUUGCUUCCCCGGCAUCGGUCUAGGCGCGGUACUAUCACGCAGCCGUCUAGUGUCUAAGAAGAUGCUCGUAGCGGCCGUUGAAGCUUUGAAAGCGAAAUCACCCGCACUUGAAGACUCCGAUCGUCCACUUUUGCCUGAUGUGGAAGAUGUUCGAGAAAUCAGUGUUGAUAUCGCAGCUGGUGUGAUUCAGUGCGCUGUGGAGGAGGGUCUUGCUCAGGAGAAAGAUAUUCCCGAGGGUGACAGUGAACUUAGAGAGUGGAUUCGAGCGCAGAUGUGGGAUGCUGUCUACCGGCCUCUAGCCAAAGAGUAG